AUGGUUUCAUUGAAUGCGCAGCUUUUUCAGUACUUUUCCCGCCCUCGCGACUUCUAUCCAGAUCACUUCGACAUUGAUGUCUGCUCCACCCGUAGCUCAUACGCGUUCAUUCCAUGGUCUGCUGGGCCUCGAAACUGCAUAGGCCAACGAUUUGCUGUACUGGAGGAAAAAGUGUUGCUGGCUCGAUUGGUGCGUCAAUUUCGAUUUCGAGCUGCGAUUACUUUUGAGCAAAACCGAGGGCUUACAGAAUUCAUUUUGAGGCCUAGCGAGGGAAUUCCUCUAAUAAUAGAGAGGCGAAAGGACUGA